ACAUGGGUGAGUGCAAUUCCUUAUCCUGUGCCAGCAAAGUGGUUCCUCCGGCUGUGAGGACACAAUGAAAGCCCACAACAGAUAAGGAACAUCAAGAGGGAAAUUAAGAGUCUAAUUGGUGUCUUCGGAGACACCUGAGCAAAAUGACCUUUGGGUACUGGCAGCAGCAGUGUCUGAGAAAGCACCGAUGCUAUCAGCCCUCAGCCGGGAUCCUUCCAAGUCCCAUCCACCAACCCCAGGAAUUUGUGGGGCUGGAUGGAAGAGCCUGCCUGACACUCAUGCAGAUGAAUCACCCACACAAACCUGAAGCCCCACCUCACCCUGGGACUGAAAUUUAAAAGAGCCAGGAGAUUAUUUGCAGCCUGGUUUGGGAGCUCUGCUGACACGAGGAGCCCUUGGAGCAGCGGGAGGAAGAACAGCCUGAUCCAGGUGGGCUCCCAGCACGUGCUCCCGGCUGCCUGAGCGUGGGCUGAGGCUCCGCCACUCCACACACCUACUUCCUGCAAUCCUGGCAAUUACCAAUGGAGUGAAACCCGGUUUCUGACUCAGCAAGGGCUUGGCUCAAAACAAACACAUCCACGCAGGGAGCCGCAGCCCGGGAAGCAGCGACGGGUGGCACAUGAAGGGACGGCAGCGGCAGCGCUGCGGAGUUUUGGCAUUCUGGGUCCAACCUGGCUGAAUUCCUGGACUCCUGGCUGAAUUCCUGGACUUGCUUCUUCAUCCUGCUCUCCGAGUGCUCCAGCAGCUUCUCCUCUCCGCUCCUGGACUCCGGGCUGCUCCAACACAGGGUCCCGGAGCCGCAGCACACGUUUAACGAGCUCGCUCACACGCCGCCGCUCCUCUCCACUCCAGGGGGAGACUCCUUCAGAUCCAAGACAAGCCAAGUGCUCCUUGCCACGGCGUGGAGUUUGCAUUUCCUGCACUACCAGCCUCUCUGUGUUCCUUGCAGCUCCGGGAACGGGGCAGGAAGAGGUCGAUCCUGUUGCGUGGCUCUCUGCUGAUCCCUGGGCUCCCGCCUGUGAGGAGUCAGCAUUCCUGCUCCUCGCUGCCUUUCCUCACCAUGGAUACUUGGCGCAGGGGGUCCAUCAAGUCCACCACCUUCUUCCGACGCUUCUCCCUCAGGAGGCACAAAAAGCUGGGCAACCAAGUCAUCAUCCUGAACCAGAACAGCCACACUCUGGACAAGGACGGCCAGAAGAGGGAAUGCUUGAGGGAUCUGAAGGACAAGUCCGAGUACCUGUCCUGUCAGAGCGAGCAGAACCUGGCCAAGGCACAAGCCCCUCCCAAGCCUCCCCGGCUGUACCUGGACAGUUCCAGCUGCCCCAACAUCAUCGACCACACAGAUUCCCACUCUGACCUCUCCUUUUCUGAUGCUGCUCCGUACCACAAAGCCACUCCGACGCAUAAGGACCAAGCUACAGACCUCGGCACAUCAGAGGCAGGUCUCCCAAACAGCACCACUCUUCCCGACCUGGCUGACCCCUUCCUGUCCUUCAAAGUGGAUUUGGGGCUAUCACUCCUCGAGGAUGUGCUGCAGACCCUCAGGAAACAGAACCCGAGGGAUUACGCCAUUUGAAGGUACUCAUUGUCCAUCACAUCCCAGUUACUCAC